AUGGGCCUAGACCUUUUGCCUCCUUCCUUCAAAGAGCCGAUUCGUGACAAGAGAAGAGCCCUGGAAACGACUAAAAGGCUAGUACCGUAUACGACAACAAGACCAACAAGAGUUCCUACUCAUACUCUUACUAAAGCACCGGCAACUCCAACUGUAGCAGCGGAAGGAGACAAUCUUCUUCUGUUUACAAGUCUUGUUGAAGAAGCCUUGACUCGUCUAUCCGAUUCCUCAUCAACUCCUGACCGAUGUAGAGAAAGUUCAUCCGAGGAGGAAGAGCAGGUGUUGAAGCUCAUAGGCUUGGAGAGGUAUGAAGUCUUUAUACUGCUAUCAGAGGAGAUGAAGCGGAAGAAACUUGAACUAAUCUUUCUGCCCUUUAACCAGCUCCUACCUUUACCGGAUCUAAUGUUAAAGCAUAUGCACCCUUUUGCAGACGAGUCACCUAUUAAGAGUCGAACAUCCUCAAAAUCUUUUCCAGACGUUAAGCCGUAG